AUGAAUACAGAGGGAUGUGGUUUGUCUUCCACUCACUCCACUACUCCUCCUCUCUGCAUUGAUAAACUUAAGGAAGAGUUUUCUUGCUCUAUUUGUUUGGAUGUAUUUUUUGAACCAACCACCACUUUUUGUGGUCACACCUUUUGUAGAAAAUGUUUUCUAUCUAGCAUAGACAAGUAUACAUUGGGGUUUACAUGUCCUCUUUGCAGACAACAGAUAAGGAUAGAAGAAUCUUGUCAUGUGAACGUAGUUUUGUGGAACACAAUACAACUAUUGUAUCCUCAUGAAGUUGAAACAAAGAAAGCAAUUAUUGCUUCACAAGAAGCUAAUAAUAUGGAAAUAUGUGAAGAAAAUACACAUUCUUUGAGAUUAAUUUCAAUAGAAAACAUGCCCAUGGAUCUUUAUCUGGAUUUAGAGGCGUUACUUCGUCGGCUUGAAGCAAUAGGUUAUCAACCUCCUACUAACUUCUUCGGUGCUUAA